GCGGGGGUCGGUGGCGUGGCGGCGGGCUGGGCCGGGUUCCCGGCGUGCACUGCGCGGAGAGGCGGGGCAGCGGUAGCUGUGGUGACUCCUGUCCCAAGGUGACUGGAGCUGGGCCGGUGUGGUGCCGCCGAGCCCCGAACCCUUCGUCCCGCGGUGCCGCUGAAACACUGGUGUCAUCAUGAUUUUGAACCAGAUUUUGCGACUCUCGUCCAUUUUUCGUGCUGCUGUCUCCAGUCACUUGCGCAGAAACAUAGGGCUUUCUGCUGUUGUCUUUAAUAAGGCAAAAGAGCUCGAUCCAGUUCAGAAACUCUUCUUGGACAAGAUCAGAGAAUACAACACAAAGAGCAAGCAAGCUGGAGGGCCUGUUGAUGCAGGACCUGAAUUUCAGAAGGAAAUGACUGAAUCGCUUGCUAGACUUCAACGGGCAUAUGGUGGGGGAGAUCUAACCAAGUUUCCAGAAUUUAAAUUUGAGGAGCCCAACUUUGAGGAUACUCCAAAGUGAUCUCUGCAGGUUGCAAGCCAAACAGCAGCGUACAUCAGUGGAGUUGCUGAACAUGGCACCAGUUGUAACUUAAUAAAUGCAGUGUUGAAGUUUGAUUUCA